GGCCCGGUGUGGGUAUGGGCCUUACAGGCCCUGGACGAGAGCCGGGAUUGUUGAGAGCUUCAAGGCACUUGGCGGAUGCGUUUCAGACCCUCAAAUACAUAUAAACAAGCAACAGAACAAAAAGAAAACAAAAACAGCAAAAAAGAAAAAACCUUGUCAAGGCAUAAUUUGAAACUCAAGCUUGACUGAUCAAACUGAAGGAGAGGAACAGAUUUUUAUGAAGGAGAAUCUUUUAAAGAUGUCCAAUGAAGAAUCUUGUGGGAAAGAAGAAGAUGCUCAAAGAAAAAGCUGUGCCUCUUCAGUUAUUUUUGAUGUAGACAAGGAGGAAAAACCUUCAGCCAGUUCUAUUCGUUCACCUUACUCUAUAAGACCAGUUUCAUCGGGGAAGAGAAAACUGAAAUCAGAUCAUACAGACAUUCUAUAUUGUAAUACCAAAAGACGACAAGACCUGAAAAGUGAUCAAACCCAGGACCUAGCACAUGUGAGAUUGAAUGCAAAAAUUGAUAUACCCAGAAAGAAACAAAAAUGCAGUUCUUCAUCUCAAGAAUCUGUUAAACUCCAAGAAGCAUCAUACUCAAAUGCUAACCAGAUUACAUCACAGAGUCUUUCAAAUGGAACUAAAAAAGAUAUUAAAUUUACAAAUGUAAGGAGUAAGCUUGACUUUGGAAUUAAAAAUUUUAGCUGUCCUAAAAUUGCCAAAGAUGUGAAACCUAAAGCUGAAAACCAGAUGAAGGAAAAGAAAUGGCCUCAUUUACUUGCUCAGAGGGAAAAGGUGAAAGAAAUCAAGAAUGAAAGGACCAAUAAAUUUAGAGACAAUUCUGAAGAAUGUAUCUUGGUGAAAUACAAGAAAAAUCAAUUUUCUCAUGAUUAUAAUUCCAACAACAUAAUUAAGGAACCUUUUGAAUCUAAAGGAAAGAAAAUCAGCUUCAGAAUUCCAAUAAAAUCCUUUAAUACCCGCCAGAAACUACUAGAAGAAAAUGUUUACAAUUUAGAAUAUAACAAGUCAAAGACUAAGCAGGAAGAAAAAGAACGCCUGGAAAGUUCCCGGAUUUUAUUAAGUUUAACAAGGCACAAAACCGAACACUUGUGUUCAAAUUCCACAUAUAAGCAGACUGUUAAUGAGAGGAAAAGAAAAUAUCAUGAGUAUCAAGAAAGUAAUGAUUCAAAUUCUAAGGAAAACCUUACCCAGAAUUUUGAAGCACCAUGUUCAUCAGUGUCACCUGAAAGUGUUCAAGAUACAGAUCAAGAGAUGCAGAUAGUAGAAGAACUCCAUGCUGCACGCGUGGGGAAAAGUGUGGAUUUACCUGUUGUUCCACCUUCUGGAGAGUUAAUGAAUAUGGAAAUUGACUUGAUGGAAGAUGAUGUACAUUCUUCUGCUGCAAAUACUGCUUUGGACAAAAAACUUCUAAUUGUUAUUGACACGAAUGUUCUAAUGAAUCAUCUUAAAUUUGUGAGAAUUUUGAAGACAACAGAAAUACCAGGAUUUGACAGACUUGUAUUAAUAAUUCCCUGGGUUGUUGUGCAAGAGUUAGAUCGUAUGAAGGAGGGAAAAUUACUAAAACAUGCCCAACACAAAGCUAUACCCGCAAUUCAUUUCAUCAAUGACAGUCUCAAAAAUCAAGAUAGAAAAUUAUGGGGUCAAUCAAUACAACUUGCAUCUCAGAAACUUUAUGGAUUGAGUGAUGAAAACAAUGAUGACCGAGUCCUAAAAUGCUGUCUCCAAUACCAGGAAUUAUUCCCCUGUUCUCUUGUUAUUCUGUGCACGGAUGAUAGAAACUUAAGAAGUAAAGGCCUAAUAAGUGGUGUGAAGUCACUGAGUAAAGAAGAAUUGAGUUCAGAGUUGCUAAACUUAUCUCUGAAUACAGAUAUGUGUCAUCAACCUUGUAUUUCUGAGCAGCAGUUGAAAGCAGGAGCAACAACUGUAAAAGACGGCUGUAAAGAAGAGUCUACGAAUUCUGGACUAUCCAUUCUACUUGAACACAUCGUAUGUAAUCUUGAAAAAUCUCUUGGAACAGCUUUGUCUUCAAUAUUAGAAACAGAAAUGAAAAUUGCUUUUGGAAACCUUUGGAUGGAGAUGCUGUAUUUGAAACCACCAUGGACACUAAUACAUUUAUUACAGUGCUUUAAAAAACAUUGGUUGGCUGUAUUUGGACUAGUUAUGGAAAAGAACUUGCUUUUAACUGUUGAGAGCCUGUAUGAAAAUCUCUCAAAAGCUAAUAAUGAAGUGAAUUUAACAACAGUGAAAUUUCUCCUUGAGGAUUCUAAAACUUUGUUACAUGCUUUUAGUACAAGGUCAAAUUAUGAUGGUAUUCUUCCACAGACCUUUGCUGAAGUGAACAAACUGCUCCAAACAUUUGCAGAGGUCAAGACAAAACUUAAAUCAAAUUCUCCAAAAACCACAGUGAGUACAAAGCAGGAAGAUACGUCUUUGAUGAAGUUUCAUAACCAAGAAAUCACUGUUUUCUCAGGAUCUCACCUUCCCCAGCCCAACAGGCAUCAAGAAAUCUGGUCUAUUUUAGAGAAUGUUUGGAUUAUAAUAUAUCAGAACAGCACAGAUGUAUUUCAAAGAUUGGGCUCUAGUUCAGCUCUGAUCACUCCUCCAAAAAUAGCAUCAUUUGAAGAAGCAUUUAUUUAUCUUCAAAAGUUAAUGGCAGCUGUGAAGGAUAUUCUUGAAGGAAUUCAGAGGAUUUUGGCCCCCAACAGUAAUUGUCAAGAUGUUGAGACCCUCUAUAACUUCCUAAUCAAGUAUGAGGUAAAUAAAAAUGUCAAAUUUACUGCCCAGGAACUUUAUGAUUGUGUUUCUCAGACAGAGUAUCGGGAGAAGUUAACCAUUGGAUGCCGCCAGCUGGUUGAGAUGGAAUAUACCAUGCAGCAGUGCAGUGCUUCUGUCUACAUGGAAGCCAGGAACAGGGGAUGGUGUGGAGACACACUCAAUGACAGGGCCUAAGUGCUGAUUUGGAACUUAAGAGGAACUACAUUGUCUUCAUAAAAGAGUAAUUUUCAACCUGGUCACUUUUUUGAGCCAAACUCAGGAAAUUUUAAGUAGUUUCAUAAGUACAAAAAAGUGAUUAUAUUAUUGACAAUCUCAGUAAAGCUCUAAAAAACCUCAUGCAUCCAUGUGUGGUAAACUGUGGACGGGACUCUUUUGGAGUUGACAAUACCUUCAUACCUCUGCAAGUGGUACCAAGCCAGUAUCUUUAAGGAAAGGAGAGCCAUCUUCUCACUGCUCCCAGGGCAGGAGCCAUAGUGGCAUCUGAGGAAGUCCUACAGCAUAGCAUUACCAAUUCCCAAACCCUCAGGAUGGGCCCAUGACCGCACACUGCCAAGAAUUAGGACAAGACCAUGCUUACCAUAUCCCAGAACAAACUCUUGUCCUGAGAUGUUUCUGUGAUCAAACGGUCAUUCAUAUAAAUCUGGUGGAAAUGCCACCACCUUCCUCAGGGUAAUAAACGUGGCUUCUUUUCUUCCCUGGACUUGUCUUUUGUCAGUGCGUUUCUGUUGGGGACAGGCCCCGUGCUGAUUUGCCUCUUAAAAUGUGAAGCAACAUGAAUUUUUGGAAUUAGGUGGCAAUGACUGACUUGAAGUUUGCCCAGUGUUUAAUUGACUUCUAAUUUAGUUAUACAGUAAGUUGGAAAUCUGUUAACUGCAAUGUAUUAUGCCCUUGUUAAUACACCACAUUUGGCAUUCUAUUAUAAAUGUUAAUUUAUUUUUAAAAAGCAAUAAAUAACUUAUUUUAGUAA